CUGUCAUUAUUUCAGUUCCUUAAGGACUACAACAGAAACACUACCUACGCUCCCUUAUUUAUUACUCCCUCCUGUCUUCACACCCUUUCAACUUCAAGAACUUUUAACUCUCUAGAUAACAACAUUUUUACGUUUACAAUACCUAGUGUGUUCCUGGUUUCUCUGCUUAUUAUCCAACUCUUUUCUGUUUUAGGUUCGCCUAGAACUGCUUUGACGCCAAAAUAAAGGGAUACCCAGAUGCUUGUUAUCGUACAGGACAGGAAUAACUAUGGAAAUGUCUGUUCUUGGUGUUCUUGUUGUGGUUUUCAUGUCUUUUCUGGGUUGUUUUCAACUGGGUUUAUCGCAAAGUGAAGUGUAUAUGAAGGCUUUUAUUACUUGGGAUGACAUGAAGGUAGAUGAGGGUAGAGCAAGGUUGAGUUCUAGAGAUAAUUACAAUCGAAGCCGAGUAAUUGUAGUUGACAAGAAUGGUGGAGGAGAUUCGUUAACAGUUCAAGGUGCAAUAGACAUGGUACCAGAAAACAACAUAGGAAGAGUAAAAAUUUACGUUCUUCCAGGAAUUUACAGAGAAAAGGUACUUGUACCAAGGACCAAGCCAUAUAUCUCAUUGAUUGGCCAGGAAGGCCAAAUCUAUGAUACUAUAAUUACUUGGAACAGUAAAGCUUCUGAUACAGACAGCAAUGGGGUUGAACUGGGAACCUAUAGAUCAGCAUCAGUCACCAUAGAAUCCGACUACUUCUGCGCUACUGGAAUCACUUUUGAGAAUACAGUAGUAGCUGUGCCUGGAGGAUAUGGAAUGCAAGCAGUAGCUUUGAGGGUUUCCGGUGAAAAGGCCUUCUUCUACAAGGUCAGGAUGUUGGGGACGCAGGACACCCUCUUGGAUGAAACUGGAUCGCACUACUUUUACCAAUGUCACAUUCAAGGAAGUGUAGACUUCAUAUUUUGUGGAUUAUAG